AUGAGCUCCCACUCGACGGACCGGCAUUUUGGGGAAAAACCCCUGAAAUAUUAUAGCGACCGACGCCACACCAGGGCCAGGCUAAAUCUACCGUAAACUGCAGCUUCACGUUGAGGCCUGCAGACGGCAACCCAGAGCAAAGGACACAAACCCAAGCCAGCGACAUGGCCCCUGGAGGCUUUUGAUCGGCUCCGUAAGAGCUUCUGGACGAUACUCUGCAACCCGGACCUGACCCGCGGACAAGCGGUGAAAGCGGUGGCCCCAUGGAUCCGCCCGGUAACCCGAAGCCGCUACUAUGGGCCUCUGCCUCGAAUACCCAAAACCGCCAUCCAACAAUGCAGACACCAGCGACCAACGAGGCGGGUGGGGGACUCCCAUGGCACGGGUGCCAACACUCGCUCCCACAAUCACAGGAGCUGGAGCAUCAGGCUAGCCCAACAAGCAUGCACCUCUCACGAAACCAGAACCUGGGACUGGCAUGGCGUACCUCCACAGCUACAGCCCCAGCGACAAACCGUGGCAUAACAUGGAGGUCCACCCCACAGUCUAG